AUGACGAAUACACUGACGAAUGCACAACGUCAAGAAUUAAAAGACGCGUUUGAUGUAUUUGAUUCAGAUGGCUCUGGUAAAAUAUCUGCUCGAGAAUUAGGAAAUAUAUUUAAAGCAUUAAAUAUCAAAGUCAACGAUCAUGGAUUAAAGCAUUUGAUGAAUGAAAUGGAUACCGAUGGAAGUGAUCAAAUUGAAUUCGAGGAAUUCAGUCGAGUCAUGGCAGCAACAUAUUUUAAAAAAUACUCUGAAGAUGAAUUACGUGCUGCUUUCCGUCAAUUUGAUGCAGACGGCUCAGGUUAUAUACAAUCUUCAGAACUGGAAAAUAUCAUGCAGAAAAUGGGUCGACAUUUCACUAAAGAACAAAUUGAUGUCAUGGUUAAAGGAUUGGACACAAGUGGUGAUGGUAAAAUUGGAUUCAACGAGUUUGUUCAAUUAUUCUAA